AUGGGGCCGCCCCUGGAGAAGUGCCGGGCCGACUGGCAGGAGCUCGAGGAGGACUUCCAGCAGCUCCAGGAAACACACAAAAUCUACAGACAAAAACUAGAAGAGCUGAACAGCCUGCAGACAGCCUGCAGCAGCUCUAUACAGAAGCAGAAGAGGGGCUUGCGGGACUUGCAGAGCAGUUUUCAAAGAUGUAAACGCAACUGUAGCCGUGAAGAAUCGGAACUCAUUCAGCAAAUCAACAGCCAGAUCAGAGAACGGCACAAUGUUUUCUUCGACAUGGAAGCUUACCUGCCAAAGAAAAACGGUUUGUACCUAAACCUGGUGCUGGGAAAUGUGAAUGUAACGUUGCUAAGUAAUCAGGCAAAGUUUGCCUACAAAGACGAAUAUGAAAAAUUCAAACUGUACUUGACAAUAAUUUUACUCCUCGGAGCUGUUGCUUGCCGAUUUGUUCUGCAUUACCGGGUGACAGAUGAAGUGUUCAACUUCCUCUUAGUUUGGUAUUACUGCACACUGACAAUAAGGGAAAGUAUCCUCAUCAGCAAUGGAUCAAGGAUUAAGGGAUGGUGGGUGUCUCACCAUUAUGUCUCAACGUUCUUAUCUGGUGUGAUGUUAACAUGGCCAGAUGGUCUUAUGUACCAAAUGUUCCGCAACCAGUUUUUAGCAUUUUCAAUUUUUCAGAGUUGCGUUCAGUUUCUACAAUACUACUAUCAAAGUGGCUGCCUUUACAGACUUCGUGCACUGGGGGAAAGAAACCACUUAGAUCUCACUGUGGAAGGAUUUCAGUCUUGGAUGUGGCGGGGGCUGACUUUUCUCCUUCCCUUCUUGUUCUUUGGGCAUUUUUGGCAGCUCUACAAUGCUAUCACGCUUUUUGAAUUGUCAAGACAUAAGGAAUGUAAAGAAUGGCAGGUUUUUGUGCUUGCUCUCACAUUUCUGGUGCUCUUCCUUGGAAACUUCCUCACAACUCUGAAAGUAGUGCACACCAAACUCCAGAAGAACAAAAUGAAGAAGUUGUGAAAAGAGGACUGUGCUUCCGAUGGCUAGAACUUGGGGUUUGGUCCCUUUCUGCCUUCCCUUUGGUUAGACUUGUGUUUUGGACAGACCCCCCAUGCUC